CCCGGGCGGCUCGAGGCGCAUGCGCAGGUCGGCCGGGGCUGUGUGCAGGGCCAGCACCGAGCCGGAGCAGCCGCGGUGAAGCGCCUGGGCUCAGUCUAGACCGCCGUGCCCGCUCCUCUCCGCCUCAGCCGCCGCCGCCGCCGCCGCCGCCGCCGCCGCCGGGGGAGCGGCAGUCUAUUGUCUUUCACCGCGGCGAAGGUGCGGAGCAGCUCCGGCUCGGCCCUCGGGGGGAGCCCCGAGAGCCGCAAGUGUCCUGGGUCAUGAAACUUAAUCCACAACAAGCUCCAUUAUAUGGUGAUUGUGUUCUUACUGUACUGCUUGCUGAAGAGGACAGAGUUGAAGAUGAUGUAGUUUUUUACUUGGUGUUUUCCGGUUCCACCCUUCAUCACUGUGCAAGUACUCGCAAAGUCAGUUCUGACACAUUAGAAACUAUUGCUCCUGGUCAUGACUGCUGUGAGACAGUGAAGGUGCAGCUCUGUGCUUCCAAGGAGGGCCUUCCCGUGUUUGUGGUGGCUGAAGAGGACUUCCAUUUUGUCCAGGAUGAGGCAUAUGAUGCAGCUCAAUUCCUGGCAACCAGUGCUGGAAACCAGCAAGCGCUGAACUUCACUCGUUUUCUUGACCAUUCAGGACCCCCAUCUGGGGAUGUGAAUUCUCUUGAUGAGAAGGUUUCACUGGCUUUCAGACACCUGAAGCUGCCAGCAGAGUGGAAUGUGUUGGGAACAGAUCAGACUUUGCAUGAUGGUGUCCCCCGGGAGACAUUGAUGCAUUUUGCUGUGCGGCUGGGACUGCUAAGGUUGACCUGGUUCCUAUUGCAGAAGCCUGGUGGCCGCGGAGCUCUGAGCAUCCAUAACCAAGAAGGGGCGACACCUGUGAGCUUGGCUUUGGAGCGAGGUUAUCACAAGCUGCACCAGCUUCUAACUGAGGAGAAUGCUGGGGAACCAGAUUCCUGGAGCAGUUUAUCCUAUGAAAUCCCUUAUGGAGACUGUUCUGUGAGGCAUCAUCGGGAGCUGGACAUCUAUACUUUGACCUCUGCAUCAGACUCCAACUGUGAAGCCCCAUAUCCUGGAGACAGUUGCUCUGAACAUAUUUUAAAACUUAUGAACAUCCAGCAGCAACUAAUGAAAACAACCCUCCCACAGACGGACAGUCUUUUGCCUGCCAUGGUGACAGCACAGGACCCUUCCAGCCUACCCAGUGCCCUGGAGAUUAAUGGCCAGACUCUUCCUUGUGCACCAGAGUCCUCAGACAACCAGCAGCUUUCUUCUCCUGAAGAGACUGAGAGCUUCCACAAGAGUCCUGUUAGGCAGAUUGAAAGUUCCUGUGAUUCAUCACAUGUGACUGAGGAAGAGAAUACAAACUGUUCUUAUAGGAAGAAAAGUAAAGGCAUGCAGAGAAAAGGGGAAGAGGUGGAGCCAGUGCCUAUUGUGGACUCAAAAACUGUGUGUGAUCGAGACAGCUGCCUUCAGAGCAUGCCUGACUCUGGAGUAAAAGGUCCAGAAUGCCCUUUAUCCUCUGGAAACAGAAAUGAAGAAACUGGAACAAAGUUUUCUGUAAUGACCACAGACCAGGAGGCUCUGUGUAACAAAGAGAGUUUGCUGCAGGAAGGCAUGAUCACAGAGCUGGGCAGGGCCCAGGAUUCCUCUGGAGGUAAACUGGCAAGUGGUUCAACAGAUGUCAGCACCCCAGAGAGAGCAGUGAAAAUGAAACAUAGCCUCAUGAACUCAGGUGUCGCCAUCCAGAACAGUAUGUGUGAAGCAGGGGCAAGUAUAAAGGAAAGAUUUGAGAACUCUAAUAUCAGCACAGCUGAAGCCACCAACAUACAGGUCAUCAGUGAGCCUGUAGAUAAAGCCAGUAUUCCAAGCUGUCCCUCUGCCACCAGCAUCCUGGGUGGCAACAAAACUGAUGAUCCUUCUCUUACACUUAGUCUUGGAGAAAUCCCUGGUGAAAAAACAGCAGAAACUGAAACUUUGAGAAGUUGUGAGCCAUGUGCUGAUGAUCUCGGAGAUCAGGACUCUCUGGUAAUUACAGCUGCUGCAAAAGACAGGAGCUCAGAUGGAUUAGAACUGGACGUUCCUGUAGCAGCCAUUUGUGAGGCACUGCCAUCCUCAGAGUUAACGUUUUCUGGGCUAGAAAGAGAUGUGCUGCCAAACCAGAAAUCAGAAAUGAAUUUACCUCAUGUUAAAAGUGAAAACAGCAAAUUACUAGUUUGUUCUACAACUGGAGAUGAUAAGCUUGGCGCUGAUUCUGCAUCUCAACAGAACACAGUGACUUCUAGCGGUGAGAUGGUUGCAGAACAUUGCAGUGACAUAGUUGACCCGCCUGGAAUCACCACAGCAGGGCAGCCCGACACACAAGACCCACCCACUGCUGUCUGCCAGGAAGACCCACAAGCAACUACAGUCCCUUCUGACCCUUUAAGAGAUAUCCAAGAAUGCAUGGAUUUUUGUUCCCUCGAAGCUUUGGAUAAAACAGGCCAAGGAAAAGAUCUGAAAGUAGAUACACCUUUAAUAACUGUGCUUGAGGCAGCUUCACAUCUGCAUCCAUUGGACCCUAAAACUGAGAAAGAACUGGGGCCAGACCAGGCAGUGCCAUCAGGCAGCACUUUCCCUCUGGCAAGCAGUCCAGGCAGUGAAUCAGUAACCAAAGAUGACGCACUUUCUCUUGUCCCCUCCCAGAAAGAAAAGGGAACAGCAACCCCGGAACUACAUAGGCCUACAGUGUAUAGAGGCAGCCCAGCCGGAGGAGAUUCAGAUUGUCCUGAUAAACAGCUGCUAGAAGACAGCACUGCAGACCUGUCCACGUCCUCUGCUGCUGUAGAUCUUCAGCCCAGCAUGGGGAAUAUCAAUCCUGGAGGACUUGCUGGGGAGCAUGAGAGCCCUGGCCCCUCAGCACCCCCUAAAGUUCUGACUGACUCUUCGCUGCUAAGCAUGGAUAAGGCCACUUUGGCCUCUAGCUCAAUUUUGACUGAAGAAGGAAAAAAUGUGGCAAUUCCCCAAAACUCUGAAACUCUGGGACAAGAUGACAAAGAUAAAGCAAUGACUUGCUCCUCCAUGAAGAAAGACAUGCUUUCUUCAGGAAUGUUGCCGGAAGUGCAGAGAAUGCCACCUCCUGGACAGGAGACACCAGGAUCCUGUGAAGAGCCUAUCUCAGCUGUCUGUACAGAAGACAAAGCACUUCAGCCCAAUAAUUCACUGGUCACACCCUGUGUCUGUCUGAAGGGAGAAACUGAAAAUAACAAGGAAGUGGGCCCACAGGUCUCCCUGCUGGCUGAAGGUGGGGCCACACAGAGUCUGGUGAUACCAGGAACAAGUCUGGCAGCAGACUCGAGGCAGGAAGCCUUGGGUACAGAGCAGAACAGCUCACUUCUCUUGCCACAUUUGUUUCCAGAUGUGUCUGAGGAGCUUAAUGGCAGUCAACCUUUUGCUCUGAAUGUUGAAGUGAAGGAUACUGAAUCCCAGGGGAAAACCAGAACCUGUGAAGUGAGUGCAAAUGUGACAGUGGAUGUUCCCGGGGCUAAUACCCUGCCAGGUCCUGAUGCGCCCAGAAGAAAGGAUAUACCACAUAACACCCAAGACAUCCCAAUUUCAGAAGUUUUGGUGACCCAGGAGAAGAGUAUGGCCCUAAGUUUGCCAGGAGUUUUACCAGACAAAGGUAUGACCAGCCCACAGGAAGCUACAACCCCAGCUGUGUUACCUCUUGCUUGGAAGAAAGAGAAGCUGGAGGAAGCAGACCUUGGCAGUACGACAGGUGACUCCAAGGAGGUACAAAUGGAUGAUGAAACACUGGAGCCUGCUGUGGAGCUUCCCACAGAGAUAGGACUCUCCACUUUUGAUGACAAGACCCCAGAUGUCAGGAGGGGAGUCACACAGGUCUCAGCCUCAGACAAGCAAGCUGCAUAUGUGCCUGAGGAAAUGGACUUAGAGGACGCUGCCAGCCGUAUAGUGGAAGCUGUCAUUGAACAAAUCAAGGCCUCAGGAGCACUGAUUACUGACAGAGAAAUCUGUCACAUGUCACUGUCCAGUCCUGAGUCAGGCCCUAUGACUGAAAUACCAGAGGAGGUUUCUACAGAGAAAGUACAGACCCUGCAGAUGGAUGGUACUUGUGAAGAAGCCACAAGGAACCUCACAGGAAUCUUCCUUGGAAGGGAGGAGCCAGAGAACAUCGCUCUGCCUGUUCAGAGGCAGGAGCCAGCAACAGAAAUGCCAGACACAAAAACUGAAGAUGAAGUGGAUUUUCUGAAUAAGACCAGAUCAAGUUCAGAUUUUGACCCGGUGGCUGUAGGGAAUGGAGCUCCUCCUGCCCCUAAGAUGAAACAAGGCCCAAAGACCCAUGUGAUAAACCGUGAAAACUGGUGUACAUUAGAGCCAUGCCCAGCUGCACCGUCUCUUUUGGACUCCAAGCAGAGCCCAGAAUGUGAGAACUUGUUGGAUGUUGGACUGGACAGAGAGUGUGCCUCAAAACAAGGUGUACUUCAGAGAGAAUCUGGGAGUGAUUCUGACCUCUUUCAUUCACCCAAUGAUGACAUGGACAGCAUCAUCUUCUCAAAGCCUGAGGUCUGUGAUAUCAUGGGAUCCAGUUCUUCUACAGAUGACACAGCUUCCCUGGAUCAACAUUCUUCUCAUGGCAGUGAUGUGUCCCUCCCUCAGAUUUCAAAGCUAAACAGGCCCAGAGAUCAGCAAAGCCCUGAUGGCUUCUACAACCAUGGUAUGGGAGCUGAGGGUCAAGAGAAUGAGAAUGAGCCUGCUGCCUCUGGUGAGAUUGAAGAAGAGGAAAUGGACAGCAUCACAGAAGUACCUGCAAAGUGCUCUGUUCGGAGGAGCUCCAUGCGCUCACUCUCCCCUUUCCGAAGGCACAGCUGGGGUCCUGGAAAGAAUGCAGCCAGUGAUGCAGAAAUGAACCACCGGAGUUCAAUUCGAGUUCUUGGGGAUGUCAGGAGGCCUCCCAUUCAUAGGAGAAGUAUGAGCUGGUGUCCUUCUGGUGUGCAAUACUCUGCUGCCUUGAGUGCUGACUUUAAUUACAGAAGUUUCAGUCUGGAAGGCUUAACAGGAGCAGCUGGCAUUGGAAAUAAGCCAUCUUCAUCUCUAGAAGUUAACUCUGCAAACUCCAAAGAGCUCAGACAUCCUCUCAGUGGAGAGGAACGGGGUGACUCUUUGGUGUCACUUUCAGAAGAGGAUCUGGAGUCACACCAGAUAGAACAUAGGAUGUUUGAUCAGCAGACAUAUCACAGAUCUAAACAACAGGGAUUUAAUUACUGUACAUCAGCCAUUUCUUCUCCAUUGACCAAAUCCAUCUCAUUAAUGACAAUCAGCCAUCCUGGAUUAGACAAUUCACGGCCUUUCCACAACACCAGUGCUAAUCUGACUGAAAGUAUAACAGAGGAGAACUAUAAUUUCCUGCCACAAAGCCCCUCCAAGAAAGAUUUUGAAGGGAAGAGUGGAACAAAAGUCAGUCGUACAUUCAGCUACAUCAGGAAUAAAAUGUCCAGUAGUAAGAAGAGCAAAGAAAAAGAGAAAGAGAAAGAGAAAAUUAAGGAGAAGGACAAAGAUUCUAAAGAGAAGGAGAAAGACAAGAAGGCUGUCAACGGGCACACUUUCAGUUCCAUUCCUGUUGUGGGUCCUAUCAGCUGUACCCAUUGUAUGAAACCUUUCACCAACAAAGACGCCUACACUUGUGCAAAUUGCAGUGCUUUUGUCCACAAAAGCUGCAGAGAAAGUCUGGCCUCCUGUGCAAAGGUCAAAAUGAAGCAGCCCAAAGGGAACUUCCAGGCACAGGACACGUCAUCACUGCCUGUCAUCAUGAGAAACAAGCCCUCACAGCCCAAGGAGCGCCCUCGAUCUGCAGUCCUCCUGGCUGAAGAAACCAUGGCCGCCCCAGUGUUCACGAAUAGACGGCCCCAGCAGAGUGUCUGUCUCUCCAAAAGUGUCUCCAUACAGAACAUCACUGGAGUUGGCAGUGAGGAGAACAUGUCAAACACCUGGAAAUUCCUGUCUCACUCAACAGACUCACUAAAUAAAAUCAGCAAGGUCAACGAGUCGACAGAAUCACUUACUGAUGAGGGAGUAGGUACAGACAUGAAUGAAGGACAGCUAAUGGGAGACUUUGAGAUUGAUUCCAAGCAGCUCGAAGCAGAGUCCUGGAGUCGGGUAGUGGACAGCAAGUUUCUGAAACAGCAAAAGAAAGAUGUGGUCAAACAACAAGAAGUAAUUUAUGAGUUGAUGCAGACAGAGUUUCAUCACAUCCGCACGCUCAAAAUCAUGAGUGAUGUCUACAGCCGGGGGAUGAUGACCGAGCUCCUCUUUGAGCAGCAGAUGGUGGAAAAGCUAUUCCCUUGUUUGGAUGAGCUGAUCAGUAUUCAUAGCCAAUUCUUUCAGAGGAUCUUGGAGCGGAAGAAGGAAUCUCUAGUGGAUAAAAGUGAAAAGAACUUCCUUGUCAAGAGGAUAGGGGAUGUGCUUGUAAAUCAGUUUUCAGGUGAGAGUGCAGAACGUUUAAAGAAGACAUAUGGCAAGUUUUGUGGGCAACACAACCAGUCUGUAAACUACUUCAAAGACCUUUAUACAAAGGAUAAGCGUUUUCAGGCCUUUGUGAAGAAGAAGAUGAGCAGUUCAGUGGUGAGGAGGCUUGGAAUCCCGGAGUGCAUAUUACUUGUAACCCAGCGGAUCACCAAGUACCCGGUUUUAUUCCAGCGAAUAUUGCAGUGUACUAAAGACAAUGAAGCUGAGCAGGAUGACCUGGCUCAGUCUUUGAGCCUGGUGAAGGAUGUCAUUGGAGCUGUGGACAGCAAAGUGGCAAGUUAUGAGAAGAAAGUGCGUCUCAACGAGAUCUAUACGAAGACAGAUAGCAAGUCGAUCAUGAGGAUGAAGAGCGGCCAGAUGUUUGCCAAGGAGGAUUUGAAGCGGAAGAAGCUGGUGCGGGAUGGGAGUGUGUUUUUGAAGAGCACAGCAGGAAGGUUGAAAGAGGUUCAGGCAGUUCUGCUCACUGACAUUUUAGUUUUCCUUCAAGAAAAAGACCAGAAAUACAUCUUUGCAUCACUGGACCAGAAAUCAACAGUGAUCUCUUUAAAGAAGCUGAUUGUAAGAGAAGUGGCACAUGAGGAGAAAGGUCUGUUUCUAAUCAGUAUGGGAGUAAAAGACCCAGAGAUGGUCGAGGUACAUGCCAGCUCCAAAGAAGAGCGCAACAGCUGGAUUCAGAUCAUUCAGGAUACAAUCAACACCCUAAACAGAGAUGAAGAUGAGGGAAUUCCUAGUGAGAAUGAGGAAGAAAAGAAGAUGAUGGACACCAAAACCCGGGAGCUAAAAGAACAACUACAACAGAAGGACCAGCAGAUCCUCCUCCUCCUGGAAGAGAAGGAGAUGAUCUUCCGGGACAUGACCGAGUGCAGCACUCCCUUGUCGGAUGAGUGCUCCCCAGCUCAAAGUCCUAGAACCCUUUUCCGCUCCAACACAGAGGAGGCGCUGAAAGGAGGACCCUUAAUGAAGAGUGCAAUAAAUGAGGUGGAGCUCCUCCAGGGGCUGGUGAGCGGAAGCCUGGGAGGCACACUUGCCCAGACUGUCAGCAGCUCUAUGGAGCAAGAAGCCGUGGUUGGCCCUGUGUCCUUGCCGCGGAGAGCAGAGACCUUUGGAGGAUUUGACAGCCAUCAGAUGAAUGUGACUAAAGGAGGUGAAAAGGAAGAAGGAGAUGAUGGCCAAGAUCUCAGGAGAACAGAGUCAGAUAGCGGUCUUAAAAAGGGUGGAAAUGCUAACCUAGUAUUUACGCUUAAAAGAAACAGUGAGGUUGUCCGGAGCAUUGUUCAUCUGCAUGAACUCCUCAGCACCCUGCAGGGUGUGGUGUUGCAGCAGGACAGCUACAUCGAGGACCAGAAGCUGGUGCUGACCGAGAGGGCACUUACACGGAGCGUGUCCCGCCCCAGCUCCCUCAUCGAGCAGGAGAAGCAGCGCAGCCUGGAGAAGCAGCGCCAGGACCUGGCCAACUUGCAGAAGCAGCAGUCCCAGCACCUGGAGGAAAAGCGCCGGCGCGAGCGCGAGUGGGAGGCCCGGGAGAGGGAGCUGCGUGAGCGUGAGGCACGGCUGGCCGAGCGUGAGGAGAAGGUGCACCGUGGGCAGCGGGACCUGGACAGGGACUGGGAGGAGCUCCAGCAGAAGAAGGGCGUGUACCAGUGCGACCUGGAGCGGCUGCGCACAGCUCAGAAGCAGUUGGAGCGGGAGCAGGAGCAGCUGCGGCGGAACAUGGAGCAGUUCAGCCAGAGGCAGAUGGAGCGGGACUUGUGUCAGGUGUCACAUCCACACACCAAGCUCAUGAGGAUCCCGUCCUUCCUUCCCAGUCCUGAGGAGUCGUCCUUGCCCUGUGGACCUUCAGUGACCAAGGCAGGGUCACUGGACUCAGAACUUUCAGUAUCCCCCAAAAGGAAUAGCAUCUCUCGGACACACAAAGACAAGGGGCCAUUUCACAUACUGAGCUCAACUAGCCAGACGAACAGAGUGCCAGAGGGCCAGAGCCAGGCCCCUUCAAGCGCCUCCACCUCUGCCUCCACCCGCCUGUUUGGGUUGACUAAGCCGAAAGAAAAGAAGGAGAAAAAGAAGAAGAACAAAGGAAGCCGCUCCCAGCCUGGCGAUGGCCUUGCAUCAGAAGCAUCAGCAGAGGGUGAGGAGAUCUUCUGUUGACCCUUUUCCUCCAAAUCCGGCCGCCAUGCCCGCCUGCUUCUCCUCAUGCCCCUCAUGCACAAGUCUCCACACUGGACAUCCACUGCUCCCCAGUGUCCAGUCCUCCUGGGUGUCCCAGGUCCUGCACGAGAAGGAGCAGAUGGUCUUGAGUGUUGGCAUGGGAGGAGGCCCAGACUGCACUCCAGCCGUGAUCUGUGACUGCCCGGGAAUCAGGGCUGGGGCUGGCCCUGCUCGGGUUGUUAACCGGAAAGUUGUGGCCCCAGAAGUACAGGGGAUAGUUUGGGAUAUGCCAGGAAUCCCGAAGGGUCUGCCUUUUAUGUGGGGAACACGGCAGAACCGAACGUGUAGGGAGGGCUGCAUCUGUGCACGUGUUCAGUGACCCGGCUCCACUCGGCCCAGGACAGCCACGGGCCACAGGGCCUCCGCUUCACCCCCUAGCCCACAGGGAUGGGAUCCCUCUAAACCACUCUGUGCAUGCAUCACCCCUUUCCUCAUUCCAUCUUUGCAGGGGUAGCAGACAGGUGCGAAGCCAGGGAUAGGAAUCCAUACACCUUGAUCUUGGUUUCCCUGGUUUAACUCACAGAAUAGUAUUUCCUCAAAUUCAGAAGAACCAUAUGGCUUUUCCAAGAUUCUUGCCUACAGGUCCUAGGCACAGAGGGUAUAGAGGGCAUCUCGCCCUUAGCCUGCAGUGUGACACUUUUUGGAAGUCACUGACCACUCAGAGGAGCCCUCGUGACAGCUCCAGUGGGCCCCACCCCGAGCAGCUGCCAGCCUCUCACCCACAACCCAGCUGUGGCCUGAGCCUCUCAAGGUCCCCCCGGACGACUGGCCAAGCAGUGGGCCCAGGAGUAGGGUCAGGCCCAGUGUACGGUUUCCCCUGUGCGGAGGAGGGACGCGCCGGCCUCCCUCGUUCUGUGUCAGGCUCCCUCAGCAAAACGCGGUUUCCUGAAAAACUUUCAACCCAAAGUCCUUUGAGUGUGAGUUACGCUGUACCCACGAGGGUCUCACAGCUGCCUGGUUUUUCUUCUCCCUUUCCGCUGUGUUUUGAUCUGUGUGUGCUUGAGGCUUUCACUGCUGUACGUGCAGGCCAGCUCCGUGGUAAGGGUUCCCUCUGAGGCUCCCUGUGCUGCCGUUUAGCCUCCUGGCAGAGGAGACCUGGAAAUUCUGUGCUUCGCAGGUGGCCUUCAGUUCCUGCUUUUUGCCCCUCAGAACCAUGAGGCUUUGAACAUUUCUUUCUAAAGACAAAAAUCUGUAACUUGGUGCUUGUUGAUGAAUUGCAAGCUGGACUUGCAGAUGGAGAUAUUUAUCUUUCAGUUUAUUUGAAAGAGGUCUGGUUUAAAUUUUAGCCUAAAUUGUUUUAUUUAUUUGUGUGUGUUGUGUUGUGUUGUGUUUUUAGGGUGUCCCGGCUCUCACCCAGCAGUGUAACCUAGCUGAUGGGCGCGGAGUGCAGUGGCGGCCCGUGCUGCGCACUCCCGCCUUUCAAGUGCCUUGAGAGCCAGCUGGAGUCUGGGGUUGGGGCUGGGGAGGGUCCAGGGCCUUCUGUCCCACUCACGCGUUCACCAAGGGAUGUCGCCUUCCUUGAGGGUUAGGAAACUUACCACUUGAGAACUCUCACCCUUCAGACCUAGACUUGAGGCCAAAUCCGGCUGAUUUUUAAAAUGAAACUAAAAGACCCUGAACAGCAAAAAGUCAGCUGCUUCCUUCCAUCAGUCCACACAGCUCCGAGUUAGAGCUGAACCUGCCGUGACUUUUCUCAGACCCCACGGGGCUGGCUGCGUUUCUGGCCCUGAGUGACCUGUAAGGGCUCCACCUCGCGCUCCCAGAAAGUGGGCUCGGAGGCGGCCCUGCGCGGCCCGUGCACAGGCGGCUGACUCGCGCUCACGGCCGCGGUGUGGACUCCGAGGUCCUGCGCAUCGCUGCAGACGUGAUUUUGAUCUUCGAGUGUUUGUUGCUCCCCACUAGCUGUGAUGUUGCCCUUGCCUUGGUGGUUUAGGUCAUUUUAAAAUGGGAGAUUUUACCUCUGCCCACACCUCACUAACACAGAACAGUAUGGUCAGGUUCCGCUUGGACAAGCUGGGACUCAGAAGGUCGAGUCUUGACUUACCCCGAGCUGCCAGUCUCCCCCAGGAAGAGUCUGUGGUGCAGAGAGAGAACCUCUUACCAGGAACUGUGCUUUCCCCUGCCUGCCCCUCUCUUCCCCUUCAGAUUUGACUUCCGGGACGCACUGCUUUGCUUGGGAAUCACCUGGGAUUGCUGCUGUGGUGCUUCUGCUGGUGCCUGGAGAACUGCGCUAGUUCCCCAGUCUGUGGCCCGGGGGGAGUUUUCUCCGAAGAGCAGGGUGGGUUUCCAGGGGCCUGGAGAGCAUGCUAAAGAAAACAGAUGUCUGAAAUUGUGAUUUGAGUCUUGGGGACAGAUGGAAAUACUGGCCCCAGCCCCCAGCUUCUAGUGAACUUCUGGAAGGACACUGCACCUUCUCCUGACAGUUGCAAUCAUCUCAGUGGUUGUCCUCCCGAUUGGGCGAUGUGCACUUUAAACGCUCUCUCCUCAGUUGGCUCCAUUUUUGAGACAAUCAAAUAUGUUAACUUUGUUUUCUUCUUGGAAAAUGGAGCAGGUUAAAACACGCAAAUUGCCAUGCCCGGCCUUUGCCAACAUUCCCUCUGCCCCCAGGAGAGCGGGCUUGUGGGGAAGAAAAUCCUUAACAAGACUUUCCUGAAAAGGUACGACCCUUGCCUUCGCCUUGCCCAUGUCUCAGGGUUAUACCACUACGAGCUGCCCCUCUAAAAUCUUCCCCCGUUACUACCCAGGCCUCAAUAUUAGGAGCACGUAUUUUAUGAGACAUUUGGGGUCUUGUGUGUUCCUUUCUUGGAGAACAGUGUGGUGGUCUUGUGUACAAGGGCUUAAUAAAUAGGUCCUGCCUUAAAUAAAGGGUGGAAGCAUAAUCUUGUGGGCCAGAAAACACCUCCACAGAGGUACUUUGUACUGCACUCUUUCGUCCCUAGUGCCCUCCUGCUGCCGGUUCUUCUGAAAGAUUUGGUACUUGCCCGGCGCUGAAGUUUACUCUGAGGACGGGUGGCCAUUUGUGCCCAGAGGAAGCAGCCUAGGAGCAGGAAUAAACAGUCCUGGGGAGGGGCGUCCGUGGCAGAGAGAGGGUGGGUCUGAGGUGGCCCCAGGCACUGCAGAAGGCGUCCACCCCUGUGCCUAAAGGUGACCAUCUGGCUGGCAUGACGGAGGUGCCCUUGUUCCCUUACUAGCAGGCCCGGCUGCCUUGUGCACCUGCGUCCUGAGCUGUCCCUCCAGCCCUGCUCCUCUCACCUUCCCAGAGACCAAGAGGGCAGGUCAUUGGGUUUGGGUUCGUAGUUUUUCUUUCAUUGUAGCAUAACAUUCCUAGUUAACCAGAGCUUUGGAAUCUACUACCUGCUGGCCAGGUUUUGAAAUGAAAAGUAUUUUAAUGCCACAAAAAGAAGAAAAAGAGAAAAAGGCCUUUCCACACACUUAUCUAUUGCGGUUUGUCAAGAGAUUGGCAGGCCAUCAAUCAUUCUGCAUUUCACUGAGGUUUGAGGAUGGGCAGUGCCCAGCGUGGCCUGCCCUCCCAGGGGGAGCCACUGUCCCCUGGGGCCUCUGGGAAACCCAGAACCCCGACCCUAGGCCUUCCCUGGAGCUGUCCCCAGUCCUCAGUACCACCCACUGGGAUGGGGUCCCAGGGCACUCAGGAGCAGCCCUGGCGUGGCUUGUAGCCGGGUUGAGCCUGGCUGUGCCGGCGCCCCUUGCCCUGUAGCAGAAAGGUGGGGAAGUUGCUCUUGUUGGUUGUUGCAAAUGCUGUAUGAACAUUCUGUGCUAACCCCUCUUAAAUAACAAAUGGGUUAAAACCCAGAUGCUGUAUAUUAAUUUGUAAUUAUGUAUAAAGUGGAGCAGUUUUAAACUGUAAAGAUUUUUUUCAGUGUUUUCUGGAGUUCUGCCACAACGUACUGGCUUUGUAUUUUAUUUAUCUUCCUUUCUAGUUAUUGGCUUCAGACUCUUGUAAAGUCCCCUUCAGCCCUUUCCAAAAGAAAAUAAAUCUUUGAAGUCUUGA